AUGUCACUUGCUGUUGCAACGGCGGCGCCCACCUUCAGCGCGCUCAAUAAGCCCCAGAAACGCGCGCUUAUUCUCCGCGACCAACUUCGCUAUGUUGACCCGACGCAUCUGAACACAUUCAUCGAGGGCCUCAGCAACGACGAGCCACCCACAUACACCAGGAUAAAUGGCGUGGUCAAGCCUGAUCUGGUCUUUGUUACCCUCAAAGAAGAGGCCACUCGUUUCGAUCUCGGAAAUGUCAUACUACCGGAAGAAAAGAACGCCAUACACCGUAUUUACCUGGUGGUGGAGGAUAACCAAGUCCAGAUGCACGUUGAAGAUCCAUUGCCUCUGGAGGAGGAUGAACUCGACUCUCAUCCCAUUCAUGGUUUCAUUGCUCGUGGUAUGCUACCCUUGUUCAAAGAGAAGUAUCAGAUUCUCUACAUGAGGGUGAACAAGAUCAACGGAGCGAGGCGGGCUGCUUACAAUAUGCCGUACCAGGCACCGGUGCUGUUUGAUGACGGAGAGGUAUGUCUGCCCAUUCAUGGUUGGCUUUACGAAAACUAUCGCAAGACACUGCUUUCAGAUGAAUCAAAGCAUUUGACGAGGAAGUCACGAAAGCGGCGUCCGAAUGACGAGGUUAUUCCCCAUAUCUCUAACAAACGCAAGCGCGCUGGUCUCGACAUAAUUCCGGAGGAUGUGAAAAGUAACAUGUUCAACACCAUCCCAAGCAACAUCAAAGUCGACCUCUUCAACUCCGUCGUCAAGACUGCGUUCCCCAACUUCAACAACCUCAUGAUUGCGUCUUGGAACGUGGUCACGAUCUACUCUUCUUGUGGUAGCGACUUCCCGGAAUUACAUACGGCCAUUGUCGAUCUGAAGAGUGUCCUCCAAGAUUUCGACGAGACCUUUGGUCAACGCGUUGAUCGCGUCACGCCUAGUUAUAGGCACGACUUUGGAGGGCCUUCGAGGGAUCGUGAAGAUGGAAACGGUGACCGAGACCGUGAUUCUACCCACGAUCAAAGCCGCCGUCACGAUCACCAAGACAAACACAGUCAUCGCGGUGGAAACAACUCCAGGACUCCCGUUCCCUCCUUUGUACGAAAUGGGGCAGGGAACGCUGAACAGCUCGGCGAUGCCACUGCCAAUGAUUCGGCCCAGUUCGAAGAUGACAUGGAAGUUCCUGUCGACGACGUCGAAAACAUUGACGACGUGGCAGAACCUGAGAUGUCACCACCACGCGCGCUCCAGUCGUCUCAACUCCACGGAGAUUCAGACGAUGAUUCGGACGAUGAUGACGACGAAAUUCCUCCUGUGGAUCCCCGCUCCACUCAGCGACUUUCAAACCAGAGCGUGGCUCGCCAGUCCCACCCAAAGCGUACCCCAGAAAUCCAUGACAGAGGAAGCGUUACUACGUCGGCAAAGCCAUCACCGGGCCCACAGUACACCCAUGUUGCUCGCGAAGUCAGCGGAGAGCCUCAAGAGCAGUUCGCCGAUGAGGAGGAGGCUGAGAAUGGUGCUCUUGUCAUGUCUCAGACAGCAGGUUCAGAACUGGCGCGUCGUCGCGAGGAGUAUGCGUCCUCUGUUCAGAAGAAGGCCCAGAACGAAGCCCACAAUACUAAACCCCGUGCUGCAUCUGGCCCCCGGGAUGCAGCGAUUCCCGAGCAACCGCUUGUAGACGAGGCCGACUCCCAUUCCGAGCACGACCAGCCUGUACCGCAGCUUGACGAUAGCCCCCCUGCAAUUCCGACUUCCUCUUCGUCAAGCUCGCCAAGUUCACCACCCCCACUCAAGAAGAGAAAGAAGGAUCGCGAAGCCGAGUACAGUGUCGCCCAGCUAGAAAAGAAGUACCAGGAGCGCAAGGCCCACAUCCUCCACUCUUUCCAGAACGACAUGGCCCAGGUGCCAGCGAAGGCCCGCAAGAACCUUCGAGAGAUGGAGACCCUGAUUGAGCAGCGCAAGAAGUAUGAGGCGGAGAAGCAAGUUGACAAAAGCAACAGUAAAUCUGGACAGACUGCGCGCCCAGGCACCACCGCCGGUGGCAUGUUCGGCAACUACAACACUAAAUCCCUCGGCAAGUCUAUGCUGGGCCCCAAGAAACCGACAGGCAUCGCGCCAGUGGCCCCGAUGUUCCCGAACGGCACUAGAAAGGACCCGAGAGAUAGUCUUGCAAAAGGUCCGCAUGGCAGUACUCCUCCGUACACCCGCGGCCGUUAA